GUUAUAAGUAAAACCGCUGCAAUCCCCAAUUUCCCUCCUUUUACGCACCGCCAAAACCCUAAAUUCCAUGGCGACAAUCGGCGAAACCUCUAUGAAUCCUCCUCAGUCGAAGCCCGUCGUUGUUAGGGUUAAACGGAAGGCUCACCAGUCUCGCCUCGACGCCUUCUGGCUUGAAAUCAAUGAGAAACCAACGAAGAAGGCGAUGUUGGACUUGGAGAAGUUGUCAAUUAGUAAUAACUCUGUUGAUGUUCAAGUGGAGGAAUUGAAGGCUAAGAAGGUUUUGGUGAAGCAUGUUGAGACAGUUACUAGCAUGGAAACUACAAUGGAGAUAGUACAAUCAUUUGCGUCUAAUUCUGCUCAUGUAGUUGAAGAACAAAAACGAACCAUUAAAAAGUACAGUAAACAAGAGCAGAUUUUGUCAAGAUCCAGACGAAAUCAAGAGGUAUUGGCAUCGGAUGCUCGUUUUGAGCAAAUUUGGAGAAGCCGAAGGGGAGACAAAGGGGCAUCAGAAGAUAAAGCACUGCAUGAUAUAUGUAGUUUUUAUGAUGUUGUUCGUGUUGAGGAAAGUUUCAAUGAGGUGCAAGAGCUUGAAGUUGCAUCUUUGGAGGAUCAGAAGAUUCUAUCCAGCUAUCUUCCUCUACUAAGAGAGUUUCUUCCAAGUGCUGUUGCAGAAGUCGAAUCUGAUAUCCAUGCUUACUUGUCCAAUCAAGGUUCUGCUUUCGAUGCAAUCCCAUUAGAUGUAGAUGAUUAUGUGUAUGACUAUUACACUGUGAAGGAUGACAUGGACAUAAAUGAUAUAGAGACUGCUAGCCCGUUUCCUCUGGUAAAAGUUGAGGAAGAGGAUUUCUAUGAUGGCCCAGAUGAUGAGUCAGAAUAUGACACUGAUGAUUCAAAUGCUGAAGAUCAUCCACGAAACGAUUAUCCUGAUGAAGCAUCUUUAGAUGACCAUGAAUCAGAAAGUGAAGCAUCUCUUGAUGAAUCUGAAAGAGAGGAGGAAGAGGAAGAGGAGGAGGAAAGUGAUGCUCCCAGCAUUAAGCAUUCAGAAUAUGAUGACGCUGACAAUUUUGAUGAUCACGGAAGUUACUUUGAUUAUCCUGAAUGUGAAUAUGGCAGUGAUGAUGAAGAUUGAAGGUGAUUUGUUCAGUGAAACAAAAUUUUGAGAUCCCCGUCAUUGUCUCUUUGAUUUUGUGCUUGCAGUGGAAAGAAAAUGCAUAUACGCUCCACGCAAACUGGUGAAGGUAAACUGUAGAGGGACAUGCUCAUAGAAUGUAGGACACUGUGGCCACAGAACUUUGGAGAUGUACCGAAUUUCUUUGUUCUGAUUAGUGAGAAAAGAAUGCUCUACUAGUUUUCCUAGGUAA